CCAACCGCUUAGUACACUGCUCCGCACACAAGAAGUGCUCAGUAAAUACCACUGAUUGAUUGAUAGUGAUGCCCGCGGCACUAGCCGAUUUCUGAUCAACCUCCUUUGGUGAUCAGUACUUGUCAUCUGUGAUGGACUGAAGUUUAGCUUGUAAGGAUCAGUGCCUUUCGAGCAUUUUGGUGGCUGUAGGGAUGAAGAAACUGGUGAAGGAUAUAGGUUUCUUUCCUCAGCUGAAGGGAAAACCCUUAGCUCGAAGUACAAGAGCUAAGAAACAUAUCCGGCAGUUGCUUGGAGAAAGAUAUGCUCAGCAAUCUUUUUAAGAACCCCAAAGUUCACUCCUACAUCUCCACAUUUGAAAGCGUCAGUUGACCUCAUUUUACUGGCGAAGACCUUGUUUUCCUUUUCAAAAACCAGAGGCUCCGAUUUUCUGACUCUGAGGAGGCGGCCUCUGGAAACAAAUACAACUCAACCUUUUCUGGGUUGGAAGUGCAAAAGAGACAGCGUGAGCAGUAGAAACGUUCCUGGAUUUCUGCAGGAUGUACCGGGGAAUAUUAUUAGGUGGUUUAGCAGAGUAGGUGCUCGCCGUUGCCAGAGACCUGUACUUAGGUGCCUGAGAGCAUUCAAUAAAAGAAGUCAGAAUCCUUGCCCUCAAGAUGCUUCCAGUCUAAUGUGGGGGAGAAAGGCAAACAAAGACUGAAUACGGACAUUGGAAAGAAGAGCCCUGUGCCAGACUGCUACCGUCUGCCAGCCAGCCUUCCCCAAUCAAAACCAUCCCAGAUCAAAGGAGGACACUCUCGGAAGUUUUCACCUUCGCCACACCAUCAGGAAUGGCUCCAGCUAUUGCUCCCCGGGAAUGCUCAGUGUUGAGUAUUCGCAGCAUUCAGGAAGAGGACCCCCCGGAUGCACAGCUAAUGAGACUAGAUAACAUGUUGCUGGCAGAAGGCGUCUCUGGGCCUGAGAAAAGAGGAAGAGGAGGACCGGGCGCUGGAGCAGCAACACCAGGUGGCUGUCCAAAUGACAAUAGCAUUGAGCACUCUGACUACAGGGCCAAGCUGUCCCAGAUCCGACAGAUAUACCACUCUGAGCUAGAGAAAUAUGAACAGGCCUGCAGCGAAUUUACUACCCACGUAAUGAAUCUUCUCAGGGAGCAGAGCAGGACAAGACCAAUUUCCCCGAAAGAGAUUGAACGGAUGGUCAGCAUUAUCCACGGGAAAUUCAGCACCAUCCAAAUGCAGCUGAAGCAGAGCACGUGUGAGGCGGUCAUGAUCCUCCGCUCCCGAUUCCUCGAUGCCCGGCGAAAGCGGCGCAAUUUCAGCAAGCAGGCCACGGAGGUCCUGAACGAAUAUUUCUAUUCCCACCUGAGUAACCCGUACCCCAGUGAGGAAGCCAAAGAGGAGCUAGCCAAGAAGGGCGGCAUCACGGUCUCCCAGGUGUCCAACUGGUUUGGCAACAAGAGGAUCCGGUACAAAAAGAACAUGGGGAAAUUCCAGGAAGAGGCUAACAUCUAUGCUGCUAAAACAGCAGUGGAUGCCACUAGUGUGACAGCCCAGGGAACACAGGCCGCCUCCCCGUCCACCCCCAGCUCCGGUUCCUCUGGUUCUUUCAAGAUGACAAAUUCUGGGGAAUCGUUUCUCAACCUGCAGUCCUUGACCCCUUACCAGGGUUCCCCUCAGAUGGAUCCCUUGCAUCAUGUAAUCCAUCAGGCAGGCCGCUACGAACCCGUCGUGGGAAAUCCCUUGUAUACAACACAGCGAAUGGACGCAAAUGGCAGCUGGCAGGAUACCACCACCCCUUCAUCAAUCACCUCUCCUGCUGGUGACCCAGGGAGUGUCAACUCGGAUGCAUCCAAUUAAGUUUUUAGGACCUAGUGAUGAGAGGAAAGAGGUCAUUAGUUUCAUUUGUCACGUUGCUCUCUUGCCAGUAUUCUUGUUUUUACAACUUGACACACAGCUAAUUACCUCAGAAAACCUGGAACCAAUAGAAGAUUGUGACUCUACCUCUCAGCAUGACCCAGGGGAAUUCCCUUUUUACUUAGGUGCAUUAGGGUGGGAAAUCGUUUUGAGUACCCGGUCCAUUUUCAUUAGCGAAUCCAUUUUUUUUUUUCUAAAUCCAUUUAUAUCCACUUUGGGGUGAGAAUCUGAAGAAUUUCUUCACAAACUUUUCCCCAAUUUCAAAAGUUCCCUUAUUUUGAUUCCCAUGUUGUUGUUUUUGAAACUAGGAAAUUUCUGUUCUAAGUGAUAGUUACUAACAAUUUAACCCCUUGUAUUGUAAUUGUACAUGUUAUCUGUAUGUAAUUUUGUAUAGGAAAAUAUAUAGCUGUCCUUCGUACUCGAAGAAGACACCACUAACGGUGAAAUUCACCUGUAGGAAAGCAACCUUUUCUUUUCACUCAGAUUCAUUCUGCCAGUCCAGAUCUAAUAAGCAGAUAAAAAAAAAAUUGCUUUACCAAAACUUUCACUGGACUUGGAUCUAAAAUAGAAAUUUUCAUCUUGUGUCCUUUCAUGUAGUUCUAAUUUAAUGUCUAUUGUAAACUCAGACUUUCCUGUGAAUAGGUUCCUGUGCAUUUCUGGAGAUGUUCAUACAAUGUUCACUGCUUUCAGUUGAAAUUUUUGUCAAAGAUAAUAAACUUCCAAAGCCUUUUUUUUCCUC